AUGGAAUCUUCUCUGACUCCAGCGACAGCAGAAACCAGGCCGACAUUCUCUAUCGAUUGGAUUCUGGGUUUGGAUCAGAACAAACGUGGAGGCUGCCUGAAACUCCACCGACCCUGGGCAGAAUAUGGAGCAGAAAAGGAAAACAGAGGAAACUCUCUCUGCUCUAAACAACAACUCGGUCAUCAUCACCAACAACAACAGCAUCAGGCUCAGCAACACACCUUACCCAGGCCUGCAUCAAACUGGUACAUUGGCCGCAGACCCCGCACCGCCUUCACCCACAGUCAGGUCAAUGCACUGGAGACGGUGUUUCAGGUGAACUGCUACCCAGGUAUCCAGCUGAGGGAGCAGCUGGCAGGGAGACUCGACCUGGAUGAGGACCGAAUACAGAUCUGGUUUCAGAACCGGCGGGCCAAGCUGAGGCGUUCACUCAGAGAGACGCCACUGCGAUUUGUUCAAGCCACCGUUGCAGACCUCUGUGUCGGUCAUGAGGUCGGAGGCCACAUGAAGAUAAAGCAGGAUGGGACAGCUGUACCUGAGUUUGCCUCUCCUCAUCAGUUUGAGGUUGGGGAGGAAGAGGAGGGAUGCAGAUGA